CACUGAGUGCACCUUAAAUGGUGCUCUACGAAGUGCGAAUUUGGAUAUAAUCAGGCUCCAAUGCGGAUGCUGAACAUCGCGUGGGGGAAAAAAAAUUGUGCCUGAGUGAGUAAUACAAUAAUUAGGAAGUGGUAAAUUGGAGACUUGGAGAAGAAAUGAGAGCAUAAACCCUUAUAGACCUUCCGAAUUUUGGCAAGAAGGCAAGGAUGCUUGUCAAAGGUCGAGCUAUAUCUUCUUUAAUAUUCAAAUUUGAGGGCAACAAUGGGUUUCUCUUUCAAUACUCAACAGUUGCAGCAACUACCCCAACCCAUCUCAUUGUAAAUUACCUCAUCAACUCUCUAGGAUUCUCCAAACAAGAAGCAAUCUCUGCAUCUGCCAAGGUAACCCGCAUUAAUUCUUUCAAGAAUCCAGAUAUAUCUGUCAAUUUCUUGAAACAGACAGGUUUUAACGACACCCACAUCAAAAUCUUGGUUUCCAAGUCCCCAGAACUAUUAUUCCAUGAUGUUGAAAAAAACCUUAAACCCAAAUUACAGUGUCUUAUGGAACUUGGGUUAUCAGGUUCUGAUUUAGUCAGUGUCCUCAUGAGAGAUUGCUCAUUUUUUAACAGAGGAUUAGAUACUCAUAUAAGACCUGUUAUAAAUUGUCUUAGAAAUUUAUUGGGUAGUGAUGAAAAUGUGGUUAAGGUUAUAAAGAGAACUUCUUGGUUGAUUAGUUAUAAUAGUUGUAUGACUAUCGAAGGUAAUCUGAAUUUAUUGCGAUCGUUUGGCUGUUCAAAUGAUAAGAUCAAGAAUUUUGUGCUUACAUGUCCCAAAAUUCUUAAAAUUAGUACCAAGAGGCUUGAGGAAACGCUGCAUAGGGUGGAAAAAGAUGUUGGAAUUUCUCGUGAUGCGGUAAUGUUUUACCACAUCGUUGGUGUACUUGCUUGCUUCAGUGAAUCGACUGUAGACAUGAAAUUCGGAAUAUUCAAGAGUUUUGGGUGGUCUGACACGGAUAUUCUGACCAUGUUGCAAAAGCUACCUUAUUGUGUAGGCCUAUCAGAGGCACGGAUUCAAACUGCAUUGACAAUUUUGAUGGAAGAACUCGGAUACAAGUCUAUUUACAUAGCUACUCACCCUUCGCUUUUAGCAUACAGUUUGGAGAAGAGGCUAAUACCUAGGUAUGAAAUGUGGAAACUCGUAAAUGAAAAGAAUCUGAUAACGAGUAGGCGGGAGUUUUACACAGUUAUGACAUGGCCCAAAUCAAAAUUUUUGGAGAAGUAUGUGCUGCCUGUCAAAGCUGAACUGCCUGACUUGUAUGAUUUGUACAUCAAGAGGAUAGGAAAAUAGAAGCUUUUCAAUAUCAUUUAUUCUUUUGGUGGAUGUGCAGAGCAAUCUUAGUUUUCAGCGACAGAAAGCGAAUUUUGUUUAAUCAGAUUACCUUUUCUCUUUGA